AUGGAUAUCCACCGCAUCAAGCACCAGUACUUCCGAUCGGGGGCUUUCGCUUUGGAUAUCAUCGCGCUAUUGCCGCUUUAUGCUGUGAAUUGGGGCAUAGAGUCGUACCAGCGAUGGGACCUCCUGAACGUCAACAAACUUCUGCGAUUGUUCAAAGUUCCCAAGCAACUUCACGCACUCGAGACGCGGUACCUUAAGCGAACGACGGAGCUGCAUCUGUUCAAACUGCUCUACUACACGUGCAUGCUCUCGCACAUUCUGGGCUGCAUCUGGUUCAACUUUGCGUCGGGAGUAGCCACCCCCAAAUUCAGCGACAGCUCAGCCCCGACCGCCACCCAGACGGCAUUCGGUGAGAACCUGUGGCUGCCAUCCAAGAAGCUGGAGAAUGGGUCGCUCAUGCUCCAGUACAUGGCGUCUCUCUAUUGGUCGUUCGGUCUCAUGUCGUCUUCAGGCGAGUCCGAGUACCCACAGACCACGGCCCAAUGCAUUUUCAGCGUUGUGACCAUGACCGCGGGCGUUUUCCUGUUUGCGUACGUGAUUGGUAAUUUUACCGAUAUUAUCGAGCUCACAAGCUCCGAGAGCAGAGAAUUCGAUGUCAAAAUGGGGGCAGCACGACAAAUGCUAGACCAUUUCAAGAUCCCGACUAUCCUCCAGGAGCGGGUCAAGACCUUCUUGUUGUUUAAAAGGUACCACACGAUCACCCAGGAGCAUCUGCUCGGAGAGUGUUUGCCACCGUCCUUGCUGACGGAUAUCCGCCUUGUAUACCUAAAGCCCAUGAUCGAGAAAGUGGAUUUCCUCGCGGGAAUGGAGAUAUCCAUCACGCGAAUGCUGGUGUCCCAGUUCACGCAGGUGCUGGUUUCUCGUGGCGAGUUUGUUUUCAGGUUCGGGGACUGCGGCAGCGACAUGUUCUUCGUAUUCACGGGCAUCCUCGACGUUCUGCUGCCCAUGCAGCUAGCCAAACGUUCCAGACCCACGUUCAGAGCUGUAGCAGACACUGUAGCAAGCAAGGAGAACGCGUCCUCCCAGGCUGGACCGACACCGGAGGAUAUCGAUAACAGCUUGCAGCAGAUCAGUAUUCCAGGCCAACUGAAGAAGAUGAACGAGAUAUCCGCUGGCAGAUAUUUUGCUGAGAACGGAUUAUUCACGAAUGGGGAACGGGACGCCUACAUCCAGGCUCGGACGUCGUGCAUCCUGUAG